UCUUAGAGCACCUACUCAAGUGUCAAAACAAGCAAAAUCACUUGCUUCUCAAGCAAAAUCUCUCAUCUUUUUGGGAAUUACAAUUCUUAGCUACCCUUUCUCCCCUUCUUAUAUUUCACAAUUCUUGCCUCUUGUUGUGAAGGGAGAACCAAGAUCAUAAUCAUCAUCAUCAUCAUCAUCAUCACAUUCAUCAUUUGCUGUUUUGAAAAUACAAAAAUGAAAGUAACAUUAUGCUGUUUUCUUCUGCUAGCUCUACAAAUAACCAGUUGGGAAUCUGCAGCAAGAAGAUCCUUUCCUCCUUCUCAUACCAUGUCCAAUGCAGGCCCCAAAGAGGCACCAGGACCAACGUCUUCUUCACCACAGAAUACUGCAGACUCAGAAAAGGGUCUAAUGGACAAGGAAGUUAUGUCAGAUACUAUGAAAAAAACAUACAACAUAGGAAUGAGGAAAAUAGGGUCAGUUCCACCGAGUUGUGAGCAUAAGUGUUAUGGUUGCACUCCAUGUGAAGCUGUUCAAGUUCCCAGCACCAGCAGCAGAAACAGUAAUUUGGGUUUGCAGUACUCAAAUUAUGAGCCAGAGAGUUGGAAAUGCAAAUGUGGUCCUUCACUCUACAGUCCCUGAUGAAUAUUAUAUAUGUGCUUGUUGUUUGUUCUUCUU